UUUAGGUGUUACAGUUGAAGAACCACUGAUUAUUUUCUGGACCUGACUGGUUUGUAACUUCAGAAGAAACAAUGGAAAGCCAAGAGUUUGUUGUACUGUAUACUCAUCAAAAGACGAAGAAGUCAAAAGUGUGGCAAGAUGGAAUUUUGAAGAUCACUCACUUAGGAAACAAAGCAAUUUUAUAUGAUGACAAAGGAGAAUGUUUGGACAGUUUAUUUCUGAAGCGCCUUGAGGUGAAGCCUGGAGAUGGCUUAGAGAGUGACCGAUACUCCAUCACAGUGGAGGAGGUUAGAGCUGCUGGAGGCACAGCUGUGAACCAGGACAGGGCUCCAGAAGCACCGAAGCUCAGUCCCCAGCAGGUGGCGCCCUCCGGCCGGUCCGUCAGGUGUCAGCCUGCCGGUUUGAAAAGGAAGUUUACUUCACUGUCUGAACACAGUACGGCUUUAGAAGGCUUGGAAAUAGUGAAAAAGAAAAACACAACCUUUAAGCAACAAGGAACGCCGCAGACCCAGGAGCCCGAGUACAGCCCUGAAGCUGGGAAACCGUUGGUCACAGGAGUUUCGCAAGCGGUUCCAAAGUCUCCUCAUCUGAACCAGGAUUCUCAACUGUGUUUUACUCUAACGAUGAUGAAAGAAAAUGAAGUUGAACAAAGUGAACCACUGCAGUCUUCACAGUUCUUUUCCUUGGGAAAUGAAGAAGAGACAGUUUUUCCAGCUGUUACUCCUAAACAAAUAGAGAGAAAAAUCUGGGACCCUCAGCCUGUCGAGUUUCAAGGGCACCAAGUACACGGAUCAGCGGCCAGUGCUGUGAUGGUCAGAGGGCACAGCUCAUGGCUGGACUGCGGCCAGUUUCCAGGCUCUGAGCAUGACAGCUACAUGUCUCGGGCAGUGGAGCUGCCUCGCACUUGUAUGCAGGUUGACUUCUUGCAGGUAACAGCACCAGAACAAGGGGGCUCAGCAUGCAGCCCUGUGUCUCCUUUUUCUUUGGACUCCCCAGAUGGAGACUUCGUACUGGAAUUCUCUGAGGAGUCCCUGAAAGCGAAGACUUCACCAGUAAUGAAGAAGUUUCGUUCCCCGGAGAAGCAGAGCCUUCAGAGGCUCCCUUUGCUAAGUAGAGCACGAGUCCCGCUCCUCACAGUGCCACCAUCUGAGGGGCCCCCUGCUGUAGACCCUCGGUCCUGUGACAGGCAGCUGCCUUCUGGUUCUCCCCCGAUCUACUUGCGUGAGGAGUCGGCGGCUCUUCCCCUGAGCUCUGGGCCUGAGGACCGGAGUGCAGCCUCUUUGUGUCGAGCAUCCAGGGAGGUGACUCCAGGACACGUCUCACGUCUCGAUCGAGCGUCUGCUCAAAGCAAGUGGCUAAAGUAUCAGAACCCACCGCAGUGCGACUUGACGACCCCAAGCAGACCUGAUACAAGCGCCACAGACGGCUUCUUCGCCAAGGCCAUUCCCGGGACGUGUUGUAGUGACGCAGGUGAGAGGGAGCACUCCUCGGACUCCGUGAGCCUGCAGGUGGUGAGAGGUGUGCUCCGGCGGCAGCAGCAGCAGGGCGUCGGCUCUCAGGACUUUGUUUGCAGAAAAGAAGCACGUUCUUUGAGGUUAAAGCCUGCUUCUAAGGAUGCUCAGAAGGUGCUGGGAGAGUCUGCGUGCUCCACCUGCCAUUUGACAGGUGUGCAGGAGAUAAAUGUCUCUGAGCUGUGCUUCCCAAGUGGGCAGAAGAUAAAAUCAGCUCUCCUUCCCCAAAGGCAGACCCGCAUACCUGUGGUUUUCCAGUCGCCUGCCCAUUACAAGCAGGUCUUCACGUCCUGUCUCAUAGAGCAUCUGAACAUACUGCUGUUUGAGUUGGCACAGAGGCUGCACAAGGCUCUUUCCACCGUCGACAUCUCGUUUUAUACGUCAUCGAAAGGAGAGAAACUGGAAACUGGAGAAAACCGUGUGCCAUCCUGCCAUCAUCACCGACCUGCAAAGCUGGUCAUGGUUAAAAAGGAAGGUCCAAACAAGGGUCGUCUUUUCUAUACCUGUGAUGCACCCAAAGGUGACCAAUGUAAAUUUUUUAAGUGGCUUGAGGAAGUGACCCCAGGACAUGUAACACAGGAGCAGUCGCCGCCUGCUGUGGUUUUGGGUGACAUAAAGAGCCUUGGCGUGUACUUAAGAAGUCAGAAGCUGCCCCUCUAUGAGGAGUGUCAGCUGUUGGUGAGAAAAGGAUUUGAUUUUCAAAGAAAACAGCAUGGCAAACUGAAGAAGUUUAUGACUGUAAAUGCUGAAUUUUAUAAUGAACCUAAAAGCAAACUUUAUCUUAAGCUGAGUCGGAAGGAAGGUUCUUCGACAUACAGCAAAGAUGAUCUGUGGGUGGUCUCCAAAACCCUGGACUUUGAGUUGGACACUUUCAUUGCAUGCAGUGCUUUCUUUGGGCCAACGUCUGUCAACGAGGUGGAGCUGCUCCCUUUGAAAGGCUACUUCCCCUCCAACUGGCCAGCAGACACAGUGGUCCACGCGCUGUUGGUCUGCAAUGCCAGCUCGGAGCUGACCACCCUGAGGAACCUGCAGGACUACUUCCGUCCCGCCGCUCUGCCGCUCACCCCGCACCUGCUGGCAAUGUCUUCGUCAACUACCGUUAGCAGCAAGAGAGGCGAUAAAAGAACGUUUAUCCCACCGGCCUUCUCAAGUCCCCACACAAAGUGCGACCUGCCCAGCCUUGGAGCAGCUCUGCAGUUAGCUAGUGACGUAAUCCAGGCACACAAGUUGAACGAGGACCAAGCUACAGCUCUCACCCAGAUAGCUCGGAUGGUGGCGUCACAGGGACAUGCGGAGGAUGAGAAGGGGCUGUGCGCCAGCACCCCCCCCAUCACCAUCAUUCACGGUGUUUUUGGAGCAGGGAAGAGCUAUUUGUUGGCAGUGGUGAUUUUGUUUCUUGUGCAGCUAUUUGAAAAGAGUGAAGCUCCUACAGCUGGGAGUGCAAGACCAUGGAAAGUUCUGGUUUCUUCCUCCACUAAUGUAGCUGUGGACAGAGUGCUCCUUGGGCUCCUCAGUCUUGGAUUCGAAAAGUUCGUCAGAGUUGGGAGUGUUAGGAAGAUUGCCAAGCCAGUUCUACCCUACAGCUUGCAUGUUGGCUCAGAAAGUGCGAAUGAGCAAAUAAAAGAGCUGCAGGCGCUGAUGAAGGAAGAUCUGACUCCACAGGAAAGAGUCUGCGUGAGGAGAAGCAUCGAGCAGCAUAAACUGGGGACCAACAGGACCCUGCUGAGGCAGGUCCCCGUGGUUGGAGUCACCUGUGCGGCCUGCCUGUUCCCGUGCAUGAACGAGCUGAAGUUCCCUGUGGUGGUGUUGGACGAGUGCAGUCAGAUCACUGAGCCGGCCUCUCUCCUUCCCAUCGCAAGGUUUGAGUGUGAAAAGCUGGUUCUUGUUGGAGAUCCCAAGCAGCUCCCUCCCACCAUCCAGGGAUCCGACGCAGCUCACGGGAAUGGGUUGGAGCAGACCCUCUUCGACCGACUCUGCUUGAUGGGUCACAAGCCAGUUCUGCUGAGAACCCAGUACCGAUGUCACCCUGCAAUCACUGCCAUCGCUGACGAUCUGUUUUACGGCGGGAACCUCAGGAACGGUGUCUCAGAGGCCGAGAGGAGCCCGUUGCUGGAAUGGCUGCCAACGCUGUGCUUCUAUGAUGUCCAGGGACACGAGCAGAUGGACGGAGGUAACAGCUUUCAUAAUGAGGCAGAAGCAGCCUUCACACUGAUGCUGAUUCAAUCACUGGUGGCAGGCGGAGUCGAGGCCUCUGCGAUCGGGGUGGUGACGCUGUACAAGUCCCAGCUGCGCAAGCUCUGUCACUUGCUCAGCACCGCGGACGCGGAGGGGCCCAGCCUCAGGGCCGUGCAGAUGUCCACCGUGGACGCCUUCCAGGGCGCGGAAAAGGACGUGGUCGUUCUGUCCUGUGUGCGGACCAGGCAGGUGGGGUUCGUGGACUCAGAGAAGAGAGCGAACGUGGCCUUGACCCGGGGAAGGAGGCACCUGCUGAUCCUGGGGAACCUGGCCUGUCUGCGGAGAAGCCGGCUGUGGGGGCGUGUGAUCCGGCACUGCGAGGGGAGGGAAGCCGGGCUGCAGCGCGCCAGCCAGUGUGAGCCGAGGCUGAGCCGGCUCCUGCGCCGCUACUCGGAGGAGCGAGCGGCAGCGAAGCGGCAGAAACGGAGCGGGCAGGACAGAGGCGAGGACGUCGGUCUGUCUGCGGACACUCCGGAUCGCCUCACAUGA